AAAUAAAUAUAUAUUCCGUAUAGAUAGCAUAAGCAUAAAUCGGUGCACGCUAAUAGGCCGAAGCCUAGAUAGCAGAUUCCCAAGGUAUCAAGGACCUUGUGGCCAUCUCUCCACCAACACAGAUCAACCCUUCCAGCUUUCGGCGAAUCAUGUAUUCGAAUUAAUCAGCUUUAUACCUAACUAUAUAUAUAUACUUCAGAUUUCGGGGUAUAUUUUUGAUGAGGCGUCUACCUUGUGAGCACUGAGCAGGCUAGGUGUGCUGUGUAGGUCCUCAAGGAAGAGGAACUUGGGGAUGAUUUUGAAAAUGGACAUAAGAUGGUGCAUUUGGAGAUGAGAUGGUAUGGGGUUCUUUUUCUUUUUUUUUUUUUUUUUUUUUUUUUUUCUUUUUUUUUUUUUCUUUUUCUUUCCUUUCACUUUAUUCUCUCUUGCCAGCUUGGAUGGUACCUAUUUCGUCAAGAAAGAUGGGCGCCAAUUCAGGAAACGGAUCGUUGGCGAACAACACUGUCUCAGAAAGGAAGGACAAGGAGAGUAAAUCUCACAGUGUAACUCAGACUCGUCAGCUUCCUGUUACCCUUCUAUCUGGUUUUCUGGUAUGUGUCUGGCAAUAUCUUUUGAGACGGCAUACAGGAAUGAAUUUAUCCCGUCUAACAACGACGGAACUAGGGAAGCGGCAAAACAACCCUCCUCGAACAUAUCCUCAAAUCUCCGGACCAUGGGCUCCGGAUUGCCGUUAUUGUCAAUGACAUGAGCAAACUCAAUGUCGACGCCGCUCUCAUAACCCACCAUAAGGUCUCCCAGACGAAGGAGAAGCUUAUACAGCUGCAAAACGGUUGCAUCUGUUGUACGCUCCGUGGUGAUCUUCUAUCGGAGCUUGCUCGACUUACCAAACAGCGAGAGGUGGACUACGUCGUUAUUGAAAGCACGGGUAUCAGUGAGCCGAUGCAGGUAGCUGAGACGUUCACUGCAGAGUUCAGCGCUGCCAUGUUGGAGGCGGGUGAUGAUCUCUCCCAGGAGGAUGAGGAGAGUCAGAAGAUUCUGACGGAGAUAGUCAGCCUCGGUGGCCUCCACACCCUCGCUAAACUCGACACAACCGUCACCGUGAUCGAUGCCUUCAAUCUCCUUUCCAACUUCGACACGUCCGAGUUCCUCUCCGAUAGAUACGGGAACAAGGAGAUCAUCCCCGAGGAUGAGCGGACUAUCUCCGAUCUCAUGGUAGACCAGGUCGAGUUCGCCGAUGUCCUCAUCCUCAACAAGAUCGAUACCGUAGACGAGGCUACACGAGAGAAGAUCAGAAAGCUGCUCAAAAUGCUCAAUCCGGACGCUAAAGUCCUAGAGAGCAGUUAUGCCAGAAUCGACGUGAAGGAGAUUAUCGGCACGGGUCGAUUCGAUUUUAUCAAGGCUGCUUCAGGGGCUGGGUGGUUGAGAAGUCUGCACGAGAUGACUAUGCGGGAGACGGCAGUAGGGCAGAGGAUGGCGCCUAAGCCAGAGACGCUUGAGUAUGGACUUUUUCUUUUUUCUUUUUUCUUUUUUUUUUUUCCCAUGUGGAUGAUGAUGAUUGUGAUGAUUCUGAUUCCUUACAGAUAUGGUAUCAACAACUUCGUCUACACUGCCAGGAAACCCUUCCAUCCCCGUCGUCUCUUCGCUCUACUUCAUGACAAGUUCAUCGUCCUUCAGAACAGAGAGGAUGAAGAAGAGGGACAAGACGACGACGAAGGAGGCGAAGACAACGAUGACGAAAUGACUAUAGACGAAAAAGAAGAAGACUCCGAAGACGAGGACGAGGGUGACGAAAUGGAAAUCGAAGACUUUGAACAACCGGACCCCGCCGUAAUCCUCGCCAACAAACGUGCCCAUCCAGCCUUCAACCCCAUCCUCCGCUCCAAGGGUUUCUUCUGGCUCGCUACACGUCCAUUCCAAUUCGGCGAAUGGAGUCAAGCAGGCGGAAUGCUGACCGUUGGGUGCGGCGGUCCUUGGUUCGCUGAAGUCCCCGAGGAAGCCUGGCCAGAGGACAAAGACAUACAGGAGUCCAUCCGAAAGGAUUUCAGCGGGCCGUGGGGAGAUCGUCGUCAAGAGCUGGUGUUCAUCGGCAUGGGGAUUGAGCCGGAUCUUAUUACGAAGCUGCUGGAUUCCUGCCUGUUGGAUGAUGAAGAUAUGGCGAAGUGGGAGAAGGUCAUGAAGAGCCGUCGACUCUCGAUGGAGAAGAAGGCCACGAAACUGUCCAAGAUGUGGGAGGACGGGUGGGAGGAAUGGCCUCCUUUUGAGAUCGAAGAGGAGGAUGAGGAUGCGGAGGAAGAGCAGACCAAACCCGAGGAUGGGAGGCCGAAACGCAAGAUCAGUGAACAUCUAGGGAAUGAGAAGAAGAAGCAUGUUCAUGUUCAUGCUCAUGAUCAUUCCAGCCACAGCCACCAUCAUCACCAUCUUGGGAAGGAUGUCAGACAUACAAAAUCGGUGGCUGUGUAGUGGAAAAGAAAAGUGGAUGGAUCAGCUGUAUUUUUUUCUCCAUUGCAGGUUUCUGACAGAAUAGACUGUGUCCAUACAGAAGCACUUUUAUAGAUCCAGGUUGCAUUCAAAGUUGCCAAUUGGACCAGGUCAGUCCGAUAGAUUCAGCCGAUUUUCUAAUCGACAUUUGCUGGUGCGACUGCUGCCGGCGAUGCUUCUUGAAGCCUGAAUGGAUAAAUGCAGUAUGAAAUUAACGGCUGCGUCGAGCACUAGCCGAUGACCAUAUAUGAAUCUUCCAUGUAUCUCUUCACGGUGGAACAGUCGACAAGCCAGAAACCACCCAGUCUAAUCCAAAGCUAUCUAUAUAUUCCGGAGGACAAGUGAAAUUGAACCGAAACCGUCUGUGUAGGCCUUGACAAGACCCGUCUCAUUAUUUGGCAGUCGAAACAACGCCAGCCUCCGCCAACACCCAUCGCACCAAAUCCGCAAUCGUCUGACUCACGUCUGUCUUCCGGGGAAUAUCAUGCCCCCCGCCGUGAUUAUAAGUCUUUCUCUUGCUUGCAUCGCAGAGCCCCGACAAAUGAAUCCCCGCGACAUACCGCGGAUCCUUGGACCCGUAAAUAUGAACCGUAGGCACGGGGAUCUUAUAAGGCCCCUGAAUCUCCUUGCGAGUCUCCUCCUCCGAAAUAACCGAGGAGUCGUCCGUUCCCGCCCACCGCGCUGCACCGCGCGCCAGAAUCGCAGCGGAAUCCGCCUGUUCCGCGAGCUCUUUGCGAGACGCCCGCUCCCGGUCCCAGACAGACUGGGGAAUCUCGAACCCCAGGCUCUCGAGGGUCGGCAGGGGUGCACCACCGCAGAUGAAUAUGGCUGCCUUGAAUGGGGGCGGGAGGUGGGGCGUCUCAGCCUGAUGUAGGAGGAAAGCACUCGCGCCGAGGGAGCAGCCUUGAGAGAACAUCAUGACGGCGUCGUAGGGGCCCGUUCGGGCGACGAGGUCAUUCAGCCACGUGCGGGCUGCUCGGACGGCUUCGACGGUAGCCUCUGGCCAGAAACAGUAGUAUGGAGGGUCGAAGAACAGGUCGACGCCUGGCGCGGGGGCGGAGAGAUACGGGGCAUCGAUGAAGUUGAAUUCGAUGUCAAGGUCGGAGAGGAGAGGGCGGAAUGACGCUUCAGAGAACAGCAUUUAUCGUCAGUAUGUAUGAAUUCCGAAUAGUCUAUGGAACGGCCACCGUACAUGUCUGGGAGUUGAAGAUGGAGCCGCUGGUGCCCAUGCCGUGAAGGCAGAGAAUCCUCGUUUUGCGGGCGGCCAUAAUGAUUUUGGGACGGCAACGGCACGGGAAGAUGAUGUGAGACUCGGAUAGAGUGCGAAGGAAAAGCGAGGGAAAGACGAACAAUCACAAUUGAAUUCCAGCCUUAUUCCAAAGGCAGAGAAAUAAGUAAUGUCAGGUCGCCGUCUGACCUGUCAGUUCCUUGGCUUUUCUCCCCACCAGGAUUGUUGAGGAAACGUUACAUGCAUGACGGACUGCCUC